AUCUCUAUCUCUACUACUUAUAAAGGCACGAAGUGCCGUUGGAAAAAUACAUCUCAGCCAUCCGUGCAUAUUAAUCUAACAAUCCAGAUUUGUUCCAUCUCCCCACCCCGUGAGAUCAAAUCUCCCACCCGCAAGGCUAAAAUUAAGGGCUAAAAUUAAGGGCUAAAAUUCAGCCACAAAUUAAGGGGAAAAAUAACUUCCGCAUAUCUCCUACCUCAAACAGCCUCAAACAGCCUACAGCAGGCCAUCCUCUCACGCCCUGCCCCAGAUCCUCAUACCCCGACGCCCGACGCCACACCCUGCCGUCCUGCCGGAAAUCGUCUACCACGCCAGCCUCCAAUCCUCUGCAUCCUGCUGGACAUCGUCGACGCAAGCAGCCAUCCUGCAGGAGAUCGUCCACCCCGACACCCUCCAAUCCUCGGCAUCCUGCUGGACAUCGUCCGCACACGCAGCCGUCGGCCACCACGCGAGCCUCCAAUCCUCCACGCCUCUCUGCCGCGACAACACUGCACCAGGUCCAAGACCACGACCGCACGCACAAGAUGCAAAACGAAAAUUCAGAUCCUGGAGAUACCAAUCCUCGGCGUGCUGCAAAUAGACAAUCACAUUUCACCACUUUAACUGAAGUUCGGCCUGCUUUAGGCGAUACAACAACCGUACACAGUCACCGUUCGUUAACAACAAAAGGAGUACUGGUUCGGCCUGCUUUAGGCGAUACAACAACCGUACACAGUCACCGUUCGGAAACAACAAAAGGACAAAUGCCUCGGCCUACUUUAAGCGACAUAACAAAUGUACUCAACAGACGUUCUGAUUCAAUACAAGAUGGUCUAAAAAUUUCGCGUGUUCUCGACAAUCAGUCUACACCAUCAAACUGCGAUCAAAGUCAGAACUCUUUAGCAGCUCCCAGUGCCAUUAAUAAUUGUAAGUCAAGCCUUCAAGAGCAAUCAAAUAAGCGUGCCAGAGAGCGGUACGCAAAUAUGAGCGUCGAAAAGAAAGAAGCAUAUCUCAAAAAAAGGCGUGAAUACUAUCAUAAACGAAAGGCUAAUAUGGAAGCCUCUGCUGCUGAAGGCUUGCAUUUACAUUCUUCCAUAGCCAGCCCUCGGGUUACAAACGUGCCAACCCAAUUGGCUCAGCCUUCUAAUCAAUUGUCUGAAAUAACCGAUUCCCAAUUGGUUCAGACUCCUAUGUAUAUGUCUCAACAAUGCAGUAACCAAAUGUUUCAGACUCCUACUAUGAAUGUUUCUCAAAAGUGCAGUAACCAAUUGGGUCAGGUUCCUAUGGAUGUGUCACAAGUAACCAGUAACCAUAUGCUCCAGACUCCAAUGAAUGUUUCAGGAAUAGGCAAUGACCAUAUAUUUCAGGAUCCUAUGGAUGUUUCUCAAAAGGACAGUAACCAUAUGUUUCGUUCUCCGAUGUAUGGACGAAAUUUGCUUUCCAGUUUCGUCGAUGUUAUUGGCAACACUGGCCAACAUUGUCCUGAAACAGCAGAAACAACAGACCCUACGCACAUGAAAGUUAGGGAGGCGGAAAAUAAACGUCAAAGGGCUCGAUACUGCUCUAUGAGUCCUGAACAAGUGGAGGCUCUCCGUCAAUAUAAGAGAAGUUACUACCUCAAAAGGAAAGCUCUGGCUGCUGGUAGUCUUCAGAAAUGUGGUUCACUAAUUGAUGCUGCCGAUGUAGGCUCAACUCCAAGCCAGUUGUUUAUUCGAUCAAACAAUGAAGGAGACGGUAACAACAAUGAUGAUAAAGAUAUCCAGACUGACACAGUGGUAGCAGAUCCAGGAUUAUUUGAACCCUCUAAUAUCCAUCAGAGCUUGCCUGAAUGCUUGGACACAGAAGUGAAUAACCAAACUCCACCAGAUGGUGAUAUUGACGAGGAAGCAAGGAUAUUCAGCGGACAUCGUGUUGAAUAUCAAUCGUAUCGACAAGAACCACACUGUAACAACGAAGCACAAGUAAAUACUAUUGCUGAUAGCAUCAUAUAUAAAAAUCUACCAAAAAAACACCAUGUUUUAAAAAAGGUUAAAGGCUGCGACCACUGUGGAGCUAUUAGGUUCCAAUUUGAGGGACCUGCAUUUUGCUAUAGAAAAGGAAGAGUCCAUGUGUUUAUUCCGGAUGUUCCUGAUGAAUUGAAAAGGUUGUGGACAAGUCAGGAAGAUGACGAUGCUAAAUAUUUUAGACAGAAUAUCAGAUAUUUCAACUCGCACUUCUCAUUCACGAGUCUUGGAGUUACACUAGAUCGCCGAGUUAGCACUGCAGCAGGAACCGGCAACUAUACGUUUCGGGCACAUGGAAUUAUGUACUACAAAAUGGAUGAUCUGGUACCUGGCGAUAAUGGGCCAUGGCAUUUGCAGCUAUACAUUUAUGAUAGCGAUGAAUCAUUAUCUCAUAGGGUCCAGAGGUCACCUGAUCUUAAUCUAGAUCUCAUUCGGAAAAUACUGAGAAUACUCGAGCACAAUCCAUAUGUGCAGACUUUCAAGACUGUCGGGUCAUAUUCAAAUCUAGAUGAGUACAGGAUUGAGCUAAACACAAAUAUAACUUUGGAUCAACGCAGAUACAAUGCACCGACAGCUUCGGAAGUGGCUGCGAUAUGGGUUGAAGGGAAUGACCCGAUGAACUGCUUCGAUAGGAGUGUUGUCGUGCAUGGAAAAGGAGGUGAUCCCCUGUAUAUUAGAGCGUACUAUGGCUGCUAUGAUCCCUUGGCAUAUCCAUUAUUUUUUCCGGGUGGGGAGACUGGCUGGAAUCGUAAGAUGCCAUAUGCUGAGCUACCUCAAGUUUUAGUGGGCAAUUCUGAUUUACAAGCAGGUCCAGAUGGUAUGUCUACACAACAUGACAUAGAAAACGAUCAUUUACCUGAACGGGAUGAUGACCAAGGCGGUGAUUUAACUCGACGAGAUGAAGGCCAUUGUAACGAUCUGUCUGACCAAGAUGAAGACCAUCGUAAUGAUUUACCGCGGGCGAUGAAGAAGGCGAUGAAGAACAUGCUACAGCAGGAUGUAGAUGACGUCGAUGGUAACCCAUAUCAGGAUGCUAUCGACCUAGCGCAGUCCACUAGAUUUGUUAGCGCCAGGGAGUACUACUGCUUCAAGUUACAGAUACGGAAGGGGCUCUUUAACAUCAUCUUGUUCGGCGGCCGCCUCUUCCAACAAUGGGCUGUUGAUAUGUACAUCAAGAUAGAAACUAUGAGGCUUGACUGGUACUCAAAGCCAAGCAAUCAAAAGACUAUACGAGCUGAUCUGUACCAGGGUCUGGUUGACACCAUUGAUGCUGGCGAGGCACGUGGUGAUCGGAUUGGCAAGAGAAUCGUUCUCCCUCGAACUUUUCCGGGCGGUGAUAGAGACAUGCAAAGAAGAUUCCUUGAUGCUAUGGCUAUAGUCCAACGUUGGGGCAAACCGGAUUAUUUUAUCACAAUGACUUGCAACCCGUACUGGGAGGAAAUAACAGAGAACCUAUUACCUGGGCAGCUGCCACAAGAUCGUCCAGACCUGGUUGCAAGAGUUUACAAGGCUAAGCAGCGAGACAUGAUGAACUUAUUGACGAAGGGCAAGCACUUUGGAGCAGUCGCAGCUUAUGUACAUGUGACCGAGUUUCAAAAAAGAGGUCUCCCGCAUGAGCAUAUCCUUCUUAUUAUGAAAUCAGAUAGCAAGUUAAAGACCCCAGAUGACUAUGAUCGGGUGAUAUCUGCAGAGAUACCUGACAAAGACAAGUUUCCUGUUCUACAUGAUCUGGUUGUCAAACACAUGUUGCAUGGACCCUGUGGUGUGUUGAAGAAAAACUGUCCUUGCAUGAUUGAUGGACAAUGUCGUUUCCAUUACCCUCGACAGUUUUGCAGCCAGACACAGCAGGGAAAGGAUUCAUACCCCAUCUACAGAAGAAGGAAGGAUGGGUGUGUAGUUAAGAUCAGAGGAGCAGAAUUGGACAAUAGAUGGGUGGUCCCAUACAACCCAUUCCUUCUCAUGCGAUACAACUGCCACAUUAAUGUUGAAGCAUGCUCGAGCAUCAAGGCCGUCAAGUAUUUGUUCAAGUACAUCUACAAAGGGCAUGAUAAAGCAUCAUUUGCAUUCGAGAAGGAGGUCAUCAAUGACGGGGGAAUCAUCAAUGAAAUUCGCCAGUACAGGGACGCACGCUAUGUAUCUCCUCCAGAAGCUAUUUAUAGGAUUUUCUGUUUUCACAUGUUUGGUGUUAGUCCUUCUGUUCUGCAGCUCCAGCUUCAUCUUCCCAACAUGCAUUCUGUUGCCUGGAAAGCGUGUGAUAAUCUGGAAGAUGUUGUUGCUAAACCAUCAUCUUCUAAAUCCAUGCUUACCGAGUACUUUGAUAUGAACCAUAAAUAUGCAGAGGCGCGGAAAUGGUUGUAUAGAGAGUUUCCAGAACACUAUAGGUGGAUUGCCGGAGAUAAGAAGUGGCAGAAGAGAAAAAAUAAGAGAUCACAGAUCGGACGAUUGGUGUAUGCACACCCGGCUGAAGGAGAGAGGUACUACUUGCGGGUGCUCCUAAGUCAUGUCCGAGGUGCCACUUCCUUUGAUGACUUAAAAACUGUGAAUGGCCGGCUAUGUGGUUCCUACAGAGAGGCAUGUGAGCAAUUAGGCCUCAUUGAGCACGACAAAUCCAUUGAUGACUGCAUGACGGAGGCAGCCACAUUUCAGAUGCCUUAUGCUCUUAGGCGGUUGUUCGCAACUAUACUGGUUUUCUGCGAGGCAGCAGAAAUCAGAAAAUUGUGGGAUAAACAUCUACCAUCGAUGUCUGAGGACUAUCGCCGCGAUCAACCUAAUGAGGCGGCACUUGAGCAGAUGGUCCUCAGAGAUAUCAGGGAUCUGGUGCAAUCUAUGGGUAAGGAUAUUAGAAGCUACAGACUUCCAGAUCUGGUUGAGACAGAUGGCUCUUAUGAGGCUGAUUAUAGAGAGGUAUACGAGGAAAGACAAGUCACCGCGGACCAAGAACAUCUGGAUCUAAUUGACUGUUUGAACAGUGAGCAGCUAGCUGGUUUCAAUGACAUAAUGGAUCAUGUGACGAACCAAAAAAGUCAGACAUUCUUUGUUGAUGGUCCAGGAGGCACAGGGAAGACGUAUUUAUACAAGGCGUUGCUUGCGAAGGUGCGUCACAUGGGCCUAAUAGCAAUCGCAACCGCUACAUCAGGUAUUGCAGCGUCAAUAAUGCCUGGAGGUCGGACUGCACACUCCAGGUUUAAAAUUCCAAUCAAGCUCACUGACUACAGCAUGUGUGGUUUCACAAAGCAGAGUGGUACAGCAGAGCUGCUUAAACAAGCGUCCUUGAUUAUUUGGGACGAAGUCGCUAUGACAAAGCGUCAAGCAGUUGAGACGCUUGAUAGAUCACUUCAGGAUAUAAUGGGAUGCUCUUUGCCGUUUGGGGGGAAGGUUGUCGUCUUUGGUGGGGAUUUCAGACAGGUCCUUCCUGUUGUGACACGAGGGACAAGAGCUCAGAUCACUGAUGCUACACUGCUAAGAUCCUAUAUAUGGGAGAAUAUUCGUAAGAUUCGCCUCACGCGCAAUAUGCGUGCACAAGCUGACCCUUGGUUCUCUGAAUACCUCCUAAGGAUCGGCAAUGGAACAGAAGAUACUAUUGGCGACGACUAUGUGCGUCUCCCAGACGACAUUGUGAUCAGCUAUACCGAGGAUGGGAAAGCAAUUAAUAAACUCAUCGAUGAUGUCUUCCCAUCACUACAUGCCAAUGCUACGUCAAGAGAGUACAUGAGCACACGUGCAAUUCUUUCAACCAAGAACGAGCAUGUGGAUAACCUCAAUGACAAAAUGAUCUCCAGGUUUCCAGGCGAGGAAAAGGUAUACCAUAGCUUCGACUCAAUCGAAGAUGACUUGCAGAAUAAUUACACAAUUGACUUUCUAAACUCGAUAACACCAAAUGGCUUGCCCCCCCCAUACCUUGAAGGUAAAGGUCAAUUGCCCGGUCAUUCUGCUACGGAACCUAGACCCUCAUAAUGGGCUAUGCAAUGGAACACGACUCAUGAUCAGAGCCUUUCAGGAUAAUGCAAUCGAUGCGGAGAUUGUUGGUGGUCAGCAUGCUGGAAAGAGGGUGUUCAUACCUAGGAUCCCUAUGUCGCCCUCAGAGGACAUCUCACUACCCUUCAAACUUAAGAGAAAACAGUUUCCCAUCCGACUGAGUUUUGCAAUGACCAUUAACAAAGCACAGGGUCAGACCAUACCAAACGUUGGUAUUUACCUUCCCGAGCCUGUAUUCUCACAUGGCCAGCUAUAUGUUGCAUUGUCAAGGGGAGUGUCCAGAAAAACUACACGAAUUUUGGCCAAGCCGAACAAGGACAUUGAUAAAUCCGGGAAAAGCACCAAAAACAUUGUCUAUACAGAUGUUUUGGAGGGGUGAGCCAAUGUCAUGAUCGUCACGAUAAUACUUCAUUCUGGCACAUAUUUCUUGGCCGACUGUACCCAUACCAGAAUCAAGAUGGUCCGGCCAGCCUGCCUGUUCAAUUAUUUAUCAUUUUUUCUUAUAAAUAUAAUUCGAAGUUUCAGAAUUCAGUCAAUCACUUCACAGUAAGGGUUCCUUAUUCCUAUUGAAUUUCAAUUUUCUACAGGUGUAUCGCUCUUAUUGUAUUGUAGCUGAUAGAUUCUUUUCUGGCAUGUCACUACACUACUACACUAAUGGUCAGAGACUUGUUCAACUUUCUAAUGGUGCUAGAAAGAAAUGUGCCAGUAAAAUAUUCGCUUUAAUCUGUUUCAGGCAGCAAACCAAAAACUCUAAUUUGGAGCCUAUUUCCUUUCCGAUGGUAUACUUGUGGAUGAUUGUUGUUGAAUGAUGGUAAAGCUUAAUUGUUUUCCACAAAGUGCAGGCUUGCGCCCAUGUGUGCCCACUUUUUUUUUUGUAGAGUUCUCCUGUCAAACCAUUUUAUAUCCCAUUGUUGAACAAACAGCUAGAUAUUGUUGUAGUCUCUGUUUUUAAAAUUA